GUUAGAAUUAGGCAGUGAGUGUUGCUUACAGAAGAUAUAAUCCUUGGAUUUCAUUCCUAGAUUGCAAGCUCCUUUUUAUUUACCUCUAGGAAUUUCAACAAAUGACCAUCAAUGGAAGACUUGGGUUCAAGUGAGGAGUUGAGGAAGAUCUCUGCACUGAGAAGGAUAGAGAAGGAGAUAAAGGAAAACCUGAGUCAGAAACUCGAGGAGCUGAAGGGCAUCUGCUUGAGAGAAGCAGAGCUAACUGGCAGGCUACCGAAGGAGUUCCCUUUAUCUGCAGGUGAAACGGCCCCUAAGGUCAGGCACAGAGUGGGGGCCAUGUUCAAGCUCGAUGACAUCCCCCUGAAUGGGGACCCUUAUUUGAGGAGCUUGGAGAUGAGCUAUGCUGUACAGCAGAAGAUUGUGGAGGCAUCUAACAGUCUGGCUGCUGAGGCUAAGCAGCACAAAUCAGUGAAGAAGGCGAGAAGGAGAAACUGCCUGAAAGCCGUGCGGAAACUUAAUGACAUAAAGGAAGAAAUGAACCACUACAGUGCUCAAAUGAAAAAGAUGUCAACACACACUAGUUGCCCAAUCACCAAUGGAACUUAUUGCGAGGGUAGCUUGGUGCAGUGGUCAUCCCAGCAAUUGGAACAGUCAUCUAGUGAUCUGCAAAGCGAUGUGGCCUCCAGCAGAUGGAGCUGCAGUGACACUCCAGAGGGUACAAAUGCAAACCCCGGAAGAAUCUUAUUGGCCCAGAGUAGCCCUUUCAAAGAUCCAUCCAGAUACCCCAGAGUCACUACCCUGCAUGCCCACUGCAGCACCAAGCCAAGAUUUGACAGCGAUGAUCAACUAUUUGUGCAGUUUGAUGAACAUUCAAAGGCAAAGUCUAAUUUCACAGCUGUCUUAACCACCCUGGCCCAUACCAGCACUGGCCCUGAUGUCCUGGACCACAGUUUGCCGGGUAUGAGCCAGCCCAAUAAUGAUUUCAGUCGCCCAGCAAACAGUUCAAAUUGUACUCUGGACUCCCACAUCUGGAGGCAGCCAUAUCAUAAAAAUGGAAGCAUCCCUACCAGCUGUAAUGAUAUGUCCAAUCUGGUGUGUAACACCUGCUGCCCUGAGUACCAGGUCCUGCCUUGGAGAUCUUCCACUGCACAUCGCUUCGCUGGGUGCUCCUGCAGUAUUCACUCCAGCUCAGAUUAUGGAACCCGUUGGUCUGCCUAUCAUCAGGAGGGCUGCCAUGUUAUUAGGCAUGCAUGCAGAAAUGGACAUGGAUAUGAGGAAACAGAGAGCUUCUCCCAGAACUUCUAUACCACACACAGAGUCAUUCGGAACUCAGGCCCACAGCCUGGGCAGGUAUCUAAGAGCAUGGAACGGGCCUGUGUGGCAGAACACCUCCAAGACUGGUAUCAGCGCAGUGUGUCACAAUGGAACUUGGCCUGCAGUCUGCAGGGUAGGUUUACCUAUGAGAGAGGCCCUAUGAAGAACUUGGGCUACCACACCGUAACAACUCAUCUGAGAUACUCAAGGAAGGCUCCUUCCAAAAGCUCAGGUAUGAAGCAGCUGCCUGAUUCCUGAAAAUUGUGAUGCCUUCAUUUGGAAAAUGGUGAGAAACUUGUAUCCUGUUACAAGUGACCUGUGUCACCUGCAGUGAGCCAUUUGAGUACAGUCCGCUGUGCCAUCACCUGAAUGAUUGCACUGAGAAGUACUUUUUCUUGGACAUGGACCCCAGAACAAAGCCGUUUGAUUCAGUCCUCCUGGGAAGUAGCCCGACAGGUCUUCUUUUAAGAUAGUUACAUGAAUUUCGUAGUUGAGCACUUUUGGAUGGAUGAAAAUUCUGCAAGGCUGAGACUGUACAGAAAUGCAAUUGAGAAUGUCCUCAUUUUACAUAGUCGAGGCAUGUGUUUGUUUCGGGUCAUUUGGCCUGUAAGGCAACAACAGUGCAGUCUUUUUAUAUAUUUCUAUCUUCCAGAUAAUAGUUUACAUUUGGUCCAUUUCUGGUUCAACCAAUUUUUCAAAAUUAAUAACAAAGAAAUACAUAAAGCCUGCACUAUACCUUAAACUUAUAGCAUAUUAAAAUAUUUCUGUCUUCUCUUGAUUUGAAUUGAUUUGUUACACACUUCUGAUCAUACAUCCACCUGAACAAAGUGAACCAGUUGUUGAAGGACUCAUGACGAGCAGAUAGAUAUCUGCAAAUCAAGUGAAACACCUCUAGCAGGUGCGGUCUAACCACAGUCUGACCUUGUAGUAUGAUCAUUCUGUCUGCUGCCUGUAUGUGCUCUCGCCCACCAUCUUGUGUUCUGUAGGUAAUCUGAGACAGAAACAAAAGAGCUACUGUGCACUGUGUUGAGACUUGUAAAUCCUGCAGAUGACUGAAUGAUGGUUAAUGAAUUUUAGAAUGCCUUUAGUGUUUUAGACAAGGCUUCUUUUAAUAGGAAUUCAGACUGUUAGACAAAUGAUGAAAUGAGUCACAUACUGUCCUGUCCUGAAUAUGGUGGCUAUGGGAAGAGUGACUAAAGCGUCUCAUGAUGGUAAAUGGUAAAAAAAAACAAAAACAAAAGAAAAGCAUCUGGUUAGACCAAACUUGUACAAGCACGACUAUGCCAAAGGGCAUUGUUUGGCUUGGUGGAAACAGGAAUCCGGAGACAAAGCCAUUUACACUUUACAUGCAUGGGUGGUUCUCUUAUACUCUCUCAUAGAUUUCACAUCUAAUGCCACCUUCAACCCACUUAACCAGAUGUUUCAUAUGGAAGCAACAGAUGUCAACUCCUUUACAGAUCAGACAAUAGACUCUCACUCUAUACUGUGUCAUUCGUUCCACUGGAGCUACAAGUCAUGACUAUAUUGUUGCGCCACCGCUACUAGCAGGGGGGGACAGCUGCCCCAGUGCCCGCCUGUCCCCCCCCCCAGUGACAUCGAGGGCCCCCCUCCAACUAAAAAGGUCUCAUUUGUGUGCGAAAACAACUGUGCAGAUAAAGGCACUGAUGUCAUACAGAUUGUGUGAAUUCCUGACAUGCUACUUUUAUAUCUCUCAUUUUUAUCUAUACAGUCUCAUUAUGGUGGGAAUCAACACACACACACACACACACACACACACACACACACACACACACACACAGGUUUGUCUAUCUUUGUGGGGACUCUCCGUUCAUUUCCAUGAAGAAAACUUUAAUCCCAACAUGUCGACCCUAACCCCUACCCAGCCCUUAACCAUACUGUAAAUAACCUUAAUCAUAAAUAACCAAACAAUUUAUGAGACUUUUAGCAUUAUUACUUUUUUGAUUGCGUUCACAGAUAUUUAUGGGGACCGAAAUAAUGGUCCCCACAACGUCAAAAUAACAGAUUUUUAUCACAUUGUGGGGUACAGUUUGUCCCCACAAUGUAAUAUAAGCCUAAUCCACACACACACACAUACACACAAAUUUGGUACAAUAUUUAAAACAAUUUUGAAAUGUAAUAGUUUGUUGAGGCAAGUAUUUAAUAAAAAAAGCAUGUUUGUGGAAUCUGCUAACUUCUGCAGUGCAUGAUGGGUACAAUAUUUAGAGGUUACUUACAGUAAUUUUCCUCAUCUGCAACUGCUGCAAUUGUAACUGGCAUAGGCAGGAUGUAUGUGUGAAUUUAGAAGGGGGGGGUCCAUUUUUGCCCCAGGGCCCAGUGCAUAGUUGUUCUGCCACUGUCCACUGGACGGAAUCCUCACUUUUAUAAAGAACAAUUUGCAUUCAUAUUAAGAACAUACAAAUUUUGCUAAAUGUUACAAAUUUGUGAAAUGGAAGACUGAAUGUUUAAAAUUGUUUAUGCAUUUGUACAUGUGUAUUACGAGGAAGAAAGCUUUGUCAUUGACAUACAUGUGAAAUGCUUCUGUUUUAACAAGAGAUGCAAAUAAAAGCUAA